AUGCUAGCCAGCAUCCCGCCCUGGUUGGCUGGCCUGUAUCUAGGCGGGCGAGGCCUUGGCUUCCGGUGGCGGUCCGGACCGGAGUCAAGGCCUGGUGCUGCUGAUGAUGCUGCUCCUUUGCCCAUGAGCGAGAGCGAGGCCGAUGUUCCUGGCAGGGGUGAUGCCACUAACGGGAACAGAACUAAUGAUUUAGGUAAUGAAAGUAAAGAGAAUGAGGACGAGGAUCAGCAGCGAAUGCUGGCCGAGAUCGAAGAGAGCAUACUCGGUAUCUUCUCAGACGAAUACUGCAACAAGCACUUGGUGUACAGCAUCCUGGAGCUGAUUCUGGUGAGACUGAUGCCGGAGCUGGUGGAGAAGGGCGUCGUUGAACUCUGGGAGGAGCGUCUGAGUCUGUGA